AUGAGUAGAUUUUUAAAAUUUUAUAAACAACUCUUGGUUAAAUACCCAUUGGGAUUGCAAGCUCUGCAAGCUGGAGCUUUGAUGGCUGUUGGAGAUCAAAUGGCCCAGAAUUUAUUAUGGCCAAUGGUCCAGUUGGUAAAUUUUACAUUUGUACCGUUACAUUAUCAAGUACUAUUCGUUCAAUCAGUGGCUGUCUUCUGGAAUACUUACGUGUCUUUUAGAACCAACAGAGACACUUUGAAUAAAAAAAAUAAUACAACAUAA